AGGUAUCAGUGCACGUUGCUGUAAGGGGUCGACUGCUAUUGAGUGUCUGGAUGUCGUUCUGUAGUGAACAGCUCAAUACUGAUGUGGAAUGUAAAAAUCAUUAGAUUCACGAACGUCCUCAAAGAAUACACUGAAGAAUCUGAAGUCAUGAUUAUGGCAAUAAGAACGUCAUGCGCCUAUGUCGGGUUCUUUGUCUUUCUCCUAUGCAUCACCUCAACUAAAUUCUACUCAUACAAGUAUAACGUCACAUGGAAUCAGAUGACAAAUCGAAAACCAGAUUUUAGAUGUAUAUGGAGUGUUGUCGACAAUAAAACGAAGUGUAAACCAGUGUGUGACCACGGAUACUUCGGACUUUAUGGAAUGAAAACUUGCCACCAAUGGUUAAACUGCACUGAUAUAAAGAGUAUAAAGGGAUUUGAAAAAAUACAAACAGAUACUAUUGGCUACGUAAAGAAAGUUUGGAUCAGUAAAUGGGAUGGUUAUGAAGUUGUUGUAAAAAGAAUCAGACAAAACCUUAAUGGACCAACUUCUCACGAUGAAUUCCACAGUGGUGUACAGUUUCUACAGGACUUCAGUAAUCAUCCGGACGUUCUACAAAUUGUAGGCCACUGUAAUGAAACAUUGGUGACAGAGCUGCACGCCAUGGCGGAUGCCACCAAUCUUGAAAAACACCUUCGACAAAAUAAAGAAUUUGAUAAUGUCUUUGUAAGAUUUCAACUGUGCAUUGACUUUGUUCGUAUAAUGACUACCCUUCAUUCUGGUCAUGGCGGGAAAGUUUUCGCGCAUUGUGAUGCUGGUAAUGUGAAUAUCAUGCUCCAACAGUACCUUUUGACAGACGACUUUAGACUAGUCAUCAGUGACGUUGACUCACUCCUUGGUUUUGAAAUACGUGAUGGCAUGUCGCAAAAAAGAAUGUGUCCAUUCAAAUCUGAUCGUAAUUACUUUCAACCAUUUAAUGCUCCGGAACAAUAUUUCAAUCACAAGCUCAAAACAUUCCCCUACGACGAAAAAAUUGAUAUUUGGAAAAUUCCGAAUAUAUGCGAUAGACUCCUGUAUCGUAAUUCAAUUAAAAGGGAGGUGUUACCACAUUUGACGGCUUUACACAAAAGGUGUAAAAGCACUGAUCCAAAAGGAAGACCCACUGCGUUAGAAGUACUAAAAAUAUACGAAUAUACCUACAAGAUUUUGAAAAAAGACUCAAACAGUUGA